AUGAGGUCUCACUUGACCCGCAGCGUAUUUCGACGGCUCCUCUCCAGCGAAGGCUUUACCUUCCCGUGUCCAUCGCAAUCGGCAAUCACUGCUCGAAGGAGUCCAUCACGCAAUGCAUCACCUAUUUUUCUACACCCUCAGAGGAGGAGCAUAUUCGGUUUCUCGAGAAAACCACCGCGCCAACCGAAAGAAGCGAGUGUUGAUCCAGGAUGGCUGGAGAUGCUCAAAUUCCUUGAAAUGCAACACAUUGGAGCUCGACUCCCUCCCUCUCCCGGCGUGGCAAUGGCCUUGAAAAAAUUUGUGGUAGAUAAGGAAUCCAAUAAUCGCGCUGUCAACAGUCUCCAGGCUGGUCACGUAUUGCGCGUGCUCGAGCACUUGAAAGGCGAAACAGAUGAGGUUGGAAGCUUCCUUCUGUCGAACGACGAUUUGAUGAGUUGCAUGGCCAUUAUGAAGACAGUGCCCGAGGAGGACCCGGAGAAACACAUUGCGGUAGCUCAAGCUGUAAGGGGAGAACUUUCAAGAAGAGGCUUCGUCGAGGAUUUUGGGCAAUUGUCUCUGAUGAUACAAAUCUUAGCGGCAGGGGGACAACCGACCAGUGCGAGGGACCUUUUGCACGGGCAUCCACUGGCACAACCCAGCUCUACCGCUCAAAAGGCUAAAAGAUCCUCGCGUCUCUUAUUCAGUUUUAUCUUGAAAAGCUUCGCAGACCAAAACAAUGAAACAGAGAUACGUAAGACUCUAGACUUGAUGGAGCGUGGCGGGCAUUCCUAUACUCCUCAACUUCAAAACGCCGUAGUCGAAUUUUAUGUAAGACGGGGUGAUGUCGAAUCUACAAAGUUUUGGAUCCGCAAACCUCUUGCGGGCGGAACUAUCAGAGCUGACACGCUUGCUCUGGUCUUGAAGCUUAACGUGGCGAAGGGAGAAGUGGAUUGGUGUAAGGACGUAUUUCGUGAAGUACUCGAUUCAGAAUAUAUUGACAAAGACCACUGGGACGUUGUAUUACUGUGGGCCGCGGGAGCUCUUGGAAAAGGAGUCGAAGACGUAGAACGGAUGAUGAAGGUCAUGGUUCGACGAAACCGACGCAACGAAGAAGUGCGCCCUGACAUCAAUACCAUCAAUGGCCUGGUAGAGCUUGCAAUAUCCUUGAAUGAUCCCUACCUGGCUGAACGCUAUAUUAAUCUUGGAGCGAAAUGGAAUAUCCAGCCUAAUGUUCGGACAUUCAUCCUUCAAAUGAAAUAUCGUGUAGAUGCGGGUGACAUGGCUGGGGCGCAAGCUGUCUAUGAUUCUCUCCAAGCUGAAGAAGUCCUGGACGAGGGAGAUCUUCCUGUCAUCAAUCGGUAUCUUCGAGCGCUCUGCUCUCGACCGAACACCUUCGACCGCAUUACCACUAUCCUGGCCGAUUUGGACGCCAGAAAGGCUAGGUUGGAGCCCGACACUACUGCUGAAAUUGCAAUGAUCUAUUUAGAACGUGAAAGUAUUCAGGACAUGUAUGACAUCCUGCAGACAAACGUCUACCAUUAUAGCCUGGAGGAAAGAGCACGAAUCCGCGACCGUUUCGUGAACUUCUGUAUUGACCAGAUUCAUUCUGACGCUCAAGCAUGGGAUGCUUACCAAGUAGUGAAAUCAAUUUUCGACGAGACAGAGACCGCGAUCCGCACACAGCUGAUGCAAGCAUUUUUCGCUCGAAAACGCCCAGAUAUGGCUUCUUAUGUCUUUGGACACAUGCGCCAACAUCAUCUUACCACCAGAAAGCCGACUUUGGAGACUUAUAUCGCCUGUUUCGAAGGUAUCGCCAGUUGCAAAGAUGCAGAAUCACUCGACAUGGUCCACAAUAUGUUCAAAUUGGAUUCCGCCAUGGAACCAAAUACCAAACUAUACAACGCCCUCAUGCUUGCUUAUACGGCGAUCGAUGAUGGUGAUCGUGCCUUGGAGUUCUGGGUCGACAUCACUAAUAGCACCGAGGGCCCAUCUUAUCAAAGUCUUGAGAUUGUUUUCAGAGCAUGCGAAGUUGCACCAUUCGGCUACACUACGGUUAAAGAAACUUGGGCUAAGAUGCGCAGGAUGGAGAUUGAGAUCACGAGGGAUGUUUGGCAAGCUUAUAUUGGCGCUUUGGGUGGGAGGGGAAAACUCGAGGAGGCGAAAGAUGCGAUUUUGAAUGGUGAGAAGGAGUAUGGAUUGAAACCUGAUUUUAUGACAUUCGGUAUUUUCUAUAAUGCUAUGCCUGGACAAAAUCGGAAAGAUGAGAUCGAGGAGUGGGGCAGGGGUAUGUAUCCUGAGGUGUGGGCAGAACUUGAGAAGGUUGGUCGAAUGUAUGUUGAUGAGGGUUUUGUUACCUUGUUCAAGAUUGAGAGGACGUGGAAAGCUUGA